CUCUCCCUCUCCUCUCUCUCUCUCUCUCUCUCUCUCUCUCUCUCUCUGAUACGUGAAGGUGUUUGUCAAAAAUGAUGAGUACCACAACGAAUUGACACAUUAGAUUCUUCUAUGACCGCAAAGGAGUGAAAGUCACCAGUGUUUGUGCGUUACGUAAAGAAGGCAGGGAGCGAGGGUCAAGGACUCUGUGAACCCAGCAGCAGUGUGGUUGGGUGCAACAGGGACCCUUAUCUAUGUCCUGCAUUGAUCUGCUACCAGCAUCCUGCAUCACACCCAUACAUCUCACAGUCUCUGUUGUAUGCAUAUAACCUCGGAUCAGAAUGGCACACCUACACAGAUACACAAUGUCUCUUCGGACAUUCCUCCCUCAGAUGAGGCUGGGGGGAGGGCUUUGUGAACAAACUGUUACCAGGACUGCAGCAUCUGAAAUAAACAGGAACUCUGACAUCAUUUGGAAACCAUUCUGUCGAGGCAUGAAGAUAUACACUCGAACAGGUGACAAAGGUGUAACCGCUCUCUUCACUGGUGAGCGUCUUCCUAAGAAUACUCAAUUCUUCAAUGCAUUGGGGACAACAGAUGAGCUGUCCUCCCAUUUAGGGUUGGUGAAGGCACAUGCUGAAGAGAAAAGGCAUGAAUAUGUUGACCAACUGGAGAGGAUCCAAUGUAUUCUUCAAGAUAUUUCCAGUCUUUUGGCAACCCCACGGACCCAGGAGCUUUCAGAUGAUCCUGAAAGAGAAGCUCGAGUGUUGAAGAGGCUCUCGUUUAAUCCUCGUCACAUCACAGAACUAGAGGAGUGGAUAGACAGAUACGACUCUCGCCUUCCUCCACUUACCAAUUUUAUUCUGCCAGGUGGUGGGCAGGUGAGUGCAGCACUACACGUGGCCCGCACUGUGUGCCGCCGUACAGAGCGUGAAAUUGUUCCCCUCAUUACUGAAGACUUGGUGGAUGACCAAGUUCUGAGUUACAUCAACAGAUUAAGUGACUACCUCUUCACUAUUGCAAGGUAUGCUGCUCUUUUAGAAGGCAAAAAAGAAACUAUAUAUAUACAACCAAAAAUACGUUCAACAGGAAAGAUUAAAGAUAAAGUUCAGGAAAAUCAAGAAAUAAUUCAAAGUGAUGGCUGAUCAACAUGACAUUGAAAUGCAGGAAGGUACUUCAUAAAAAUUUUUGUCUCUUGAUUCUUUAUGAACGGCUGUAAUCAUUUAGUAAUCUAGUUCAUUUAUAUUUUUAAAUCUUAUUGCUCAUGGAGUUGGUGAUGGAUAAUAUUAGAUAACAAAGCUUUGCAAAACAGUGGAGUACAUGAUUUAUCUUUAAAUAACUCAGGUUGGAGACUUUUUAUACAUAGUAUUUUUGUAUUAAGUUUUGGAUAGUUAAAAACUGGUGUCAGUCUGUUAAUUGUUUUCUUGUUGUGUUUGACUGUCAGCCAUUCAAUUUGGCAAAUUUUUAUUCUAGUCAGAACAUUUUGAGGGUUGUAUAUUAGUGAAGAAAAUGUGCAAUGUGUAGUAUAGCAACACAUGUUUUUAAUGACAGUGAGCUGUUUAAUGUGUCCACAGUUGACCAUUAUCCAGAAACCAAUAACAGAAAUAGUUACCAAAA